AUGGUUUGCGGACGAAUGACGCUGCUAGUGGGCGUGUGUGCGGCGCUGAGUGUGAGCGGGCUGCCGGCGCCGCAAUACGUGGGGACGACGCGGAUGGGCGGGGGCGGGUACGGGGGCAGCCAGUACGGCGCGAGCGGGGGCGGGGCGAGCGGGUUCAACGGGGGCUACAGCGGCGGCCGGGACGCCAGCGAGGGCCAGUCCAGCUCGUCCUCCUUCGAGCAGUCCUCCGGGACCUCCUCCCAGUCCUCCGGCGCCGCUAGCCGCGAAUACGGCGCCGGCGCCGGCGCCGCCGCCGCCGUCAAUGGCGCCGCAGAGAACGCCGCCACCGGCUUCGGAAACGGCUUCGCCGCUGCAUCGUCCGGCCUUGGAGCCGGCUUGGGCGCUGGAUACGGCGGGGGCCUCGGAGUGGGCGUCGGGCUCGGCGGAGGCAUUGGCGGAGGCAUUGGAGGCGGCAUUGGAGGCGGCAUUGGGGGCGGCUUUGUGGGAGGCGGAGGCUACAAUGGAGGUGGUGGAGGCUACUAUGGUGGAGGUGGUGGAGGAGGUGGAGGCUACAGUGGAGGAGGUGGAGGCUACUAUGGGGGCGGAGGUGGAGGAGGUGGAGGGUUUGUUGGCGGUGGAGGCUACGGUGGAGGAGGUGGAGGCUACGGUGGAGGAGGUGGAGGCUACGGUGGAGGAGGUGGAGGCUACGGUGGUGGAGGUGGAUUCGGCGGGGGUGGUGGAGGCUACGGCAGCUACUGA